GGACGGGGGCGGGUAGUUUCUUUCUUUUUCUUUCCUUCUUUGUUCUCCAUUGCCAUUGCCAUUGCCAUUGCCACCACCUUCGCAGUUUCAAGAACACGAAGAGUUUCUUGAUUUCUAAGACAAUUCACGAUGGCAGAUUCCGAGGAUAUUCAGCCUCUCGUUUGUGAUAAUGGAACAGGGAUGGUCAAGGCUGGAUUUGCUGGAGACGAUGCUCCAAGGGCUGUAUUCCCUAGCAUUGUUGGUCGUCCCAGACACACCGGUGUUAUGGUUGGUAUGGGCCAAAAGGAUGCCUAUGUUGGUGAUGAAGCUCAAUCGAAGAGAGGUAUUUUGACUUUAAAAUAUCCCAUUGAGCAUGGUAUCGUUAGCAAUUGGGAUGAUAUGGAGAAAAUUUGGCAUCACACUUUCUACAACGAGCUUCGAGUUGCUCCAGAAGAGCAUCCAGUUCUGCUCACCGAAGCACCAUUGAAUCCCAAGGCGAAUAGAGAGAAAAUGACCCAAAUAAUGUUUGAGACUUUCAACACUCCCGCUAUGUAUGUUGCUAUCCAGGCCGUCCUUUCCCUUUAUGCCAGUGGUCGCACAACCGGGAUCGUUUUGGAUUCUGGUGAUGGUGUCAGCCACACAGUUCCAAUCUACGAAGGGUAUGCUCUCCCACAUGCCAUCCUCCGUCUAGAUUUGGCUGGCCGUGAUCUCACAGAUGCUCUAAUGAAAAUAUUGACUGAACGUGGCUACUCGUUCACCACCACCGCCGAGCGUGAAAUUGUGAGAGACAUGAAGGAGAAACUAGCUUACAUAGCCCUGGAUUACGAGCAAGAGUUAGAGACAUCAAAAACCAGCUCUUCAGUGGAGAAGAGCUAUGAACUACCAGAUGGACAGGUGAUCACUAUUGGUGCUGAAAGAUUCCGAUGCCCUGAAGUUCUCUUCCAGCCAUCCAUGAUAGGGAUGGAAGCAGCUGGUAUUCAUGAAACCACGUACAAUUCUAUCAUGAAGUGUGAUGUCGAUAUUAGAAAGGAUCUCUACGGCAACAUUGUCCUCAGUGGCGGUUCCACCAUGUUCCCUGGCAUUGCUGACAGGAUGAGUAAGGAGAUCACUGCAUUAGCUCCAAGUAGCAUGAAGAUCAAAGUGGUAGCACCACCUGAAAGAAAGUACAGUGUCUGGAUUGGUGGCUCCAUUUUAGCUUCCCUCAGCACUUUCCAACAGAUGUGGAUUGCUAAGGCAGAAUAUGAUGAAUCUGGGCCAUCAAUUGUCCACAGGAAAUGCUUCUGAUUUAUUUGAAGCAAAAAGGUGGAAAGGGAACUUAUACUAUACACAUGACAAAGCUUUCCUAUCUCAAGUGGUUUUGCUUAUUUUUACCUUUUUCUUUUCUUUUCUUUUUGUUCAUCAUUCUUUGUUCUCAUGGUUAUUUCAUUCUGCUUUUUCUAUUCUUCUUCUUUCUUUGUUUUGCUGCUGCAACAUUGAACAUGAAAAGCAACCCAAUAGCAUUCAAGGUUCGAUUUUUUUCC